AUGGAGGCGGUGGAGGUGCGCACGGACGCGGAGCUGCGGUCGGUUCAGGCGCUCAUCAUUCCCCUCUCUUCGCUUCCCCCCUCCCCUCCUUCCGCCCCUCCCUCCGCAGCUCUGCGCAGGUGCGCGGCGGGCAUGAAAUCAUUCAGCAUGGAGGCGGUGGAGGUGCGCACGGACGCGGAGCUGCGGUCGGUUCAGGCGCUCAUCAUUCGCGUCCCUUCCAUCCCUUCGCUUCGUCCCUCCCUCCGUCCGUCCCUCCUUUUGCCGCUCCCUUCCGCAGCGCUGCGCAGGUGCGCGGCGGACAUGAACGCGUUGAGCAUGCAGGCUAUUGAGAGCACCACCAUGGCCAACCUCGCCCAGCGAUGCGGACUGCUCGGCGCGCUGCAGGAGUUCGCAGCCUCUGGGCGGCCGGUGUGGGGAACGUGCGCCGGACUUAUUUUCCUGGCUAACAAGGCGCUAGGUCAGAAGUCAGGAGGGCAGGCACUGCUGGGGGGACUCGACUGCACCGUGCAUCGUAACUUCUUUGGCAGCCAGAUCAACAGCUUUGAGACCCUCCUUCCUUUCCCUCACCACACCCUUCAAGCCACCUCCACAUCAGCACCCCCAUCAGAAUCAACAGCACCAUCAGCAGCAGCACCACCCACCCCUCCCCAAUCACACCCAUCCCCCCCUCACCCCUCUCCUGACGCCUCUCCCGCCUCCCCCUUUCGAGCUGUGUUCAUCCGAGCCCCUGCCAUCAUCCACACCGGUCCUGCUGUAGAGGUGCUGGCGGAGUACCCCCUCCCCAACCAUGCCUCUGCCGUCGCCGCACCUGCUGCCCCGGCCGCACCUGCAAGUGCUGGUUCGGGCGAGCCUGCAGCCGCUGCUUCGGCCGUGCCUGACCAGAGCGGCCAGGAGCUUUCCGAAGCUGAUAUUCUAGCGAAGUUGGACCGGGUGGCAGUGGCGGUGCGGCAGGGCAGGCUCCUAGCCACAGCAUUCCAUCCAGAGCUUACAGCCGACCUCAGAUGGCAUCGCUUGUUCCUUCAGAUGAUUCUCGACGCACUCCAGUCCUCCCCAGACCUGGCUGCGGCCCAAGCCUCUGCUGCAGGCUCGGCAGGCAAUUCCAGUGCCAGCAGUGUGCCAAAUGUGGACCCAGGUGACCUGCCGGUCUUUGGUUCGGCACCAGACUUAAAGAUUGAGCUCAAGCCUGUGCCUCAGGUGUAG